UAUGCUUUAGGCAGUUCUGUCCAAGUAUAUAGAAGGCUGCAUCAUCCACCAUUCCAUCUCUCCACCUUCUGCUUUUCGUUAAUGCCUCUUGCUUUACUUGGAAAUCUCCUGAUACCCGUUCCUUCUACACACUCGAAGAAGGUUGGCAUCAAGAACACAGCCGUGGAGGACCCCCAUCUUUGCACUUCACUAUCGCAGCCACCGGAGCUUGAACCGACCAGAUUGGAAUCUUUCGAUACCCAAACCAAUAUGUCGAAGCAACAGAAAAAUGGUUAUAUCACUUGGCAGCAACUGGCAGACUUUGUGCAGGCCCCAGUAAGUGAAGCCAGCCUUGUGACCGCAUCAUGUCUCACUGUCCUUUUACACUCACACGCCAACCGCGGUGAGAGCCACAAUAGACCUUUCUAG